UCUAUAAACGAGAUUCGAGCCAGAUACACAAACUACAGCGACCACAAGAAGGAUCUCUGUACAAGCACUCACUUGGAGCCCCUACUUUUGGAUUAAUUACCUACCUACCUUUCGGAGUGCCCACCAUGUUGUCGGACUUAGAUCAGCUGCCGUCGAUCCAGCUGGGGGAGUUCACGCUCCAGUUUGAGCUGGGCGAACCCACGGCCAUGGGCAAGGAGGUGGCCAUCAAGGAGCUGCGCGAGACUCCAGAACGCCAGAAGGAGGCCGCCAAGGAUCUGGCACGUUUGCUGGAGGCGGAGAAAGAUCUUCACUAUCCCAAGGACAACGAGGAAUGGCUCAUACGUUUCCUGCGUCCCUGCAAGUAUUAUCCGGAGAGUGCACGGGAUUUGAUCAAACGCUACUACUCCUUCAAGGUGAAGCACUCGGAUGUGUACAACAACUUGAAGCCCUCGGGCGAGGCCAACAUCUUCCAGAGCAACAUUCUGACUGUCUUUCCCAAUCGCGAUCAGUGUGGACGUCGCAUUCUGGUCCUGGAGCUGGGCAAGCGCUGGAAGCACAAGCAGGUCUCACUGGAUGAGGUGUUCAAGGGUGCGGUCAUCUUCCUGGAGGCAGCCAUGCUGGAGCCCGAGACCCAGAUACACGGAGCCGUCGUCAUCUUCGACAUGGAUGGCCUGAGUCUGCAGCAGACCUGGCAGUUCACUCCGCCGUUUGCCAAGCGCAUAGUCGACUGGCUGCAGGACUCGGUGCCGCUGCGCAUCAAGGCCAUUCACAUCGUGAAUCAGCCGAAAAUCUUCAACGUGGUCUUUGCCCUCUUCAAGCCAUUCCUGCGUGAGAAGCUGCGCGGCCGCAUCAUUUUCCACGGCACGGAUCGCGAGUCCCUGCACAAAUACAUGUCGCCCAAGUGCCUGCCCCCUGCCUACGGCGGUAUCCUCGAACUCAAGCGGGUGGACAGCGACGAGUGGUAUAAGCUGCUCCUCAAGUGCGACACCGAGUUCGAUGCCAUUAACUCGUAUGGCUACAAAAAGAAGUAAAGCGAUUGCUCCAGCAAGGGUCUUUAGCAAGUGAUAAUUUACCCAAUAUGCCCAGAAGGUGUCCACUCCACAGUCACAGUCACAGUCACAAUUACAGUCACACCUACACUUACGAAUGAUUUAGGCAUAUAAUAGUUAAGCACUCAGUCUGUUAUACGCUUUUCCCGUGACCCGUGACAGCGCCUAGAGUUUGCCGUAGUCUUAAUCGAUUCCAUUACAAUCCAGCAAAAGUGUUAUACAUACUCGUACAUAUUAUAUAUUUAAUCCGGGGUAAGCGUAUUUAUAUUGUGUUAAUAUACUUAUUAUACAAAUUGUUGAAAAAUAAACACACGUAUCCAUAUAAA